AUGUCCAACAAUAUUCGUAUGUUCUUUCGAAUGAUCCAUGAAGAAGUUGAAGACGAUGAAGAAGACGAGGCUAUUGUUACAGCUUUAGUUAAACAGUAUGCUCAACAUAUGGAUCAUGAUUCUUUUUCACAUCCCGAUGGAUUCAUGCUGAACCACCGUGUUAUCAAUCGCAACAAAACUGAAGGUUAUGAUAGGCUUUAUCAUGAUUAUUUUGCAGAUUCACCAACAUAUCCAUCACAAUUAUUUUGCAGAAGGUUUCAUAUGCAUCAAUCAUUAUUUUUACGAAUUCAAGCAGCAAUUGAAACACAUGAUCAAUAUUUUGUUCAAAUAUUUGAUGCCGUAGAAGUUCCUGGAUUAUCAUCACUCCAAAAAAUGAUAGCUGUAUUAAGGAUGCUCACAUAUGGAUCACCUGCAGAUGUUGUGGAUGAAUAUGCUAGGAUUGACGAAGUACAACAAUAG